GAGAGGUAAACCCUGGACUCCUGACUUUCCUGACUGUGCAACGUGAAUUUUAUAUUUUUCCUAUUCCGUCGCUGGGCGAAAGCUGGAAGGGAAAAUUCUCGUGUUGGCUGCAGUUUCAGCUCUGACUCUCCAUUUGGGACAACUGUAUAUCUGAAACACUGUGUGUUGCAUAAAUUUUUGUCUGAAUUUCCACCUCUCAGCCAUGACAGAAGGCGAAAGAGAUUUGAUAGUGGUAGCAGUUCAUAUACAUAAACCUAAUGAAGAAGAUGACCUUGAGGCAGAGGAAACUGUGAACACUUCUCCAGAUGUCUCGGCACAGCUGUCUGUUGAAAUUGGAGAAAAGUUUGAAAUUCGUGGGAGAAAUGUUGACUGGUGGCUCUAUGUAAAAAAGGUGGACAGCGGAGAAAAAGGUUACAUUCCUAGCACAUGUGUGGUGCCGCUGAAAGAUGAUUUGACACAAGAAGAGGAGGAUGAGAUAGCAAAAGGGGCAGAGCUGACUGCAGCUCUGGUGAAUACUUCAGUUGACCUGAAGUUUUUUCCUGAGGCACCAGUAGAGGCUGAAAACAGAUUUGAUUUUUAAAGGUUUCAAGAGGCCUCUGACAGAUGCAGAUUUAUGGGCUCUGAACAAAACUAACAGAUCAUCAGCAGUUGUUCCACCUUUUCUCAAAAAGUGGAAGGAAGCAGAAAGCUCUAUAAGAGCUUCAGAAAGUUCUCAAACCACAGAGCCCACUGACAAUGAAAAAGCUGAGCUAAAACCAAAUGAUGCUGAAGAAGAUGUCAAGUUUUCCUCCGAGAAGAAAAACAAAGAAAAGAGACCAUGCCUAACAAGAAUCAUGUUUGCGCUUUACUGGGAUAAACUUCUACUGGCAUUUGUUUUUAAAGUGCUUAAUGACUGCAUUCAGUUUGUACAACCUGAACUGUUAAGGUUGUUAAUAGGUUUUAUUGAAGAUAAAGAUAACACUGAAACAUGGCGUGGGUACGUCUAUGGCGUCAGCAUGUUUGUAGUUGCAUUAGUGCAGUCUAUUUGCCUCCAGCAGUACUUUCACAUCGUCACAGUGCUUGGGAUGAAGAUUAGAACAGCUGUUAUAGGCAUGGUGUAUUCAAAGGCACUCCUCCUGAACAACACCUCACGUAAAGAAUCAACCGCGGGAGAAAUGGUGAACCUUAUGUCGGUUGAUGCACAGCGACUAAUGGAUCUCCUUACCUACGUGAACAUCUUGUGGUCUGGUCCACUUCAAAUUAUUGUAUCGUUGUAUUUCUUGUACAAUACAAUGGGCCCAUCAAUUCUUGCUGGUGUUGGCGUUAUGCUGCUACUGAUACCUUCCAAUGUUCUUGUGUCGCGACUUUCGCGAAAGCUUCAGGUGAAACAAAUGGGAGCCAAGGAUAAACGAAUCAAAAUGAUGAAUGAGAUUUUAAAUGGAAUUAAGGUCCUCAAACUUUAUGCUUGGGAAACGUCAUUUAUGGAAAUGGUUUCUAAAGUGCGGAAAACGGAGCUGCGUCAUUUGAGGAAUUUCUCUUACCUGAAUGCGUCAUUCGCCUUUACUUUCACUUGCGCACCAUUUCUGGUUUCCCUAGCUACCUUUGCCAUCUAUGUAAUGACUGGCAAUGAACUGACUGCAUCUAAAGCUUUUGUUGCAAUUUCACUCUUCAACAUUUUACGCUUUCCGCUCGUCAUGUUUCCAAAUGUGAUCAUCAGCUUGAUCCAGGCACGAGUUUCCAUCGUGCGCCUGACAGAAUUCCUUUUCCUGGCGGAACUUGAUUCAGAGAAUGUGGUGAAGACCAUGCCGGAACACAUUAGCACACAAGACAUCCACGUUGACAAUGGAACAUUCAGCUGGGACAAGAGCAGCAAACCAGCUUUAAACGAAAUUAAUGUCAACAUUCCGAGUGGUUCUUUGGUUGCCGUAGUUGGUCAAGUUGGCUGUGGAAAAUCUACUCUGCUCUCAGCUCUUCUCGGGGAAACUGAGAAAGUGGAUGGAAGAGUAUAUGUCAAGGGAUCAGUGGCCUAUGUACCUCAACAAGCAUGGAUCCAGAAUGCAACCCUAAGGGAGAACAUUUUAUUUGGAAGAACUUUUGAAUCCAAACGUUACGCUAAGACAAUCUACACGUGUGCACUACAGACUGACCUCGACAUCCUGCCCGGUGGAGAUCUCACUGAGAUUGGCGAAAGGGGCAUAAACCUUAGUGGUGGACAGAAACAGCGUGUAAGCCUGGCCCGUGCUGUUUACUUCAAUGCUGAUAUCUACUUGUUGGACGAUCCACUCAGUGCUGUGGACUCACAUGUUGGAAAACACAUAUUUGAUAAGGUCAUAGGUCCAAGGGGGAAGCUUAGAAAGAAGACACGUAUCCUUGUCACACACGGGAUUGCCUUCCUUCCCCAAGUGGAUCAGAUCAUUGUCUUACAAGAUGGCAGAAUAUCAGAGGUCGGCACUUAUACCGAGCUGAUUAAGAACAAGGGCGCUUUUGCCGAGUUUUUGAAGACAUAUGCCACGGAGGAACAGACCAAGCUUGAGUAUGCCGAAGACCCUACUCCAGAGAUAGUUAUCGAAGACAUUGAGGAAAUAGAUGGACAUUCAGGUUCAAGAAUGAGCCUCGAGAGACUUGAAAGUCAUAGUACUCGUCCAGACGUCCAACGUCUGAAACGAGCAGAGAGUAUGUCGGUGAUCACGGUGGACACUGCAGAUUUAGACUGUCAGUUUACAAGACCAGAUCAAGAGCAGGCUGACAGGAUGAUUGAAGAAGAGAAAUCUCAAACUGGAAGGGUGAAAAUGAAAGUGUUCUGGGCUUACGCAAAGUCCCUCACAGUUGCCCUCUCCAUUUGCGUCGUACUUUUCUUAAUUUUGGCAGAAGCUGCCUCGGUCUCUUCGGGUAUUUGGCUCGCCAGGUGGAGCUCCACAGAUGUAACCUCAGAUGACGAACGCGAUCUUUUUCUUGGUGUUUACAGUGCCUUAGGCGUGUCCCAGUGCGUGUUAGUGCUGUUGCAAGCUUUGGCUCUGGCGACUGGAACGAUAAUAGCGUCCCGUCAUCUUCAUCAAAGAAUGCUGGACAACAUUAUGCGCUCACCUAUGUCUUUCUUUGAGACCACCCCACAGGGAAGAAUCAUGAACCGCUUCUCUAAGGACAUCAGUGGCAUUGAUGAUAUGGUGCCUAGGAGCGUUUCAUCGUUCCUGAGGACGUUCUUCGCCGUCAUCGCCUCUAUAUUCACGAUAAGCUUCGCCACACCAAUAUUUUUGGUUAUCAUUGUCCCUCUGGGAGUGCUUUAUGUUUUCAUACAGAGAAUAUACGUGGCAAGUUCACGUCAGCUGAAGAGAAUUGAGUCUGUCAGUCGAUCACCAAUAUACAACAAUUUCCUGGAGACCAUUAACGGAACCUCCACCAUCCGAGCCUUUGCUCAGCAGCAACGCUUCAUACAAGGCAGCUACGCCAUUGUAGAUGAGAACCAAGUGUCCUACUACCCUUCAAUAUCAUCUAACAGGUGGCUCGCUAUUCGUCUGGAUUUUAUUGGUAACUUGAUCAUCUUUUUCGCCGCUGUUUUCGCUGUCGUGAGCCGCAAUUCUUUACAAAGCGGUCUCGUCGGCUUGUCCGUUACGUAUGCCUUGCAGGUUACCCAAACGCUUAACUGGAUGGUACGAAUGAGCAGUGACCUGGAGACGAACAUUGUAUCGGUGGAACGAGUCAAGGAAUACUCAGAGACGCCGACUGAGGCUGAGUGGAUUGUUCCAGAUAAUCGACCCCCAGAGGAAUGGCCCGAGGCGGGAAACAUCGUCAUAGAAGAGUUUGACUUAAAAUACAGAGAUGGUUUACCUCUUGUGCUGAAACAGAUCAACUGUGAUAUUAAACCUGGAGAGAAGGUCGGCAUCGUUGGGCGCACAGGUGCAGGCAAGUCAACUCUUACUUUAGCCUUGUUUCGUAUUCUUGAGAGAGCAGGUGGAAGGAUUGUCAUCGAUGGUGUGGAUAUCGCCAAGAUUGGACUUCAGGAUCUGCGGUCACGGCUCACUAUUAUUCCACAGGAUCCAGUGCUGUUUUCUGGAACAUUACGUGUCAAUUUGGAUCCGUUUGACAGUCACACGGACGAGGAGCUUUGGACAAUUUUAGAGAUGAGUCACUUGAAGAACUUUGUGUCAGGACUGGCAGAGGGUCUUUUACAUCCCGUGACUGAAGGAGGCGAAAAUUUGAGUGUUGGUCAGCGGCAAUUGGUGUGCUUAGCGCGUGCGCUGCUCCGUAAAAGUAAGAUCUUGGUUCUAGACGAAGCCACGGCCGCAGUGGACCUGGAAACUGAUGAACUCAUCCAGCAGACGAUGCGGCAAGAGUUCGCCGACCGCACAGUGUUCACCAUUGCUCACAGGCUCAACACCAUCAUGGACUAUACAAGGAUCAUGGUGCUGGAUAAAGGUUUUAUGAUGGAGUUUGACACUCCACAAGCACUGUUGACUCAACAGGGAAUCUUCUACAAAAUGGCUCGUGACGCUGGGCUGGCUUGAGAAGCUAGACACGUUGUGAUGGCAUCACAAAGCGAGAGCGCUUCUGAAGGAGACUGGGAAGAAUUGCUACAUAGGCAUUGGUUGUGACCCGAUGCCAGAUGCGCUUCUGUUAUUACUCACUUUUCAAAAUGGAUAUUUUAAACAAUAUUAAUUAACGAAAAAAGAAAAAGGAAAUAAUAUCAUCGAUCCGGGUCCUUGCAGACAACUCGACUUGAAUUGUGUGCAGUUCGGUUGAUCUCUAACAGUGUGUUUAUCUGUCAAUUAGAAACAAUUGUAUUACGUUUUUGCUUUCGAAUCGCCUUUUCAUUUCAUUUCAAUUCAUAUCAACACCUGAAAUUGCAAUCGUUAAAUUGAUCCCUCUCAUCUCCUUACCCCUACGCCUACCCCUCCUCCCUCUCUAUAUAUUACUUUCCUGCCCCCUUCCCUUAUUCUUUGAGGUUUUAUGCUUUUAGUUGCCUUGUUGUAAACAGGUCAGGUUUUUGUCGGCGAGAUUUAUUGCCUGACAUAACACCCUCUCUCUCUAUCUUUAUCUAUUCCAUUUUAUUUUAUUUGCCUUAGGUGGUGUGGUGUUUUUAGGAGUCCUAAAGGGACAACAGAGUUAGCGUCGGACAUAAAGUAUAUUUAUAAAUGAACGUAAUUUAUUCAAAUAUCCAGAGAACAUCAUUUUUCAAAUGCAAUCUUAGUAUGACACGUUCCAAAUUCACGUGGUCAUCCUCACCAUCCUCACAAUGCAAACAAACAUGCUUUACAUUCCUCAACAUUUUCAUAUCCUUCUAAGCUUUCUCUGUUACAGUAUUUCACACAAGGAACUAAACUUAAGUAUACUGUCUACAAAAUGUGGUUUACAACUAAUAACUAUGGAACUAGUACUAGAAUAUGAUAUUGAAGGAACACAACUUGUGGUUUGUUUUUUUAAUUAAAACCGAUUUUAAAAAUC